AUGACAAAGACUGGGAGACCAGAUAGUUACUGGGAAAAUCUCCUGCGACUAUAUGCUAAAGGAAAGCAUCAUUUUGGUACAGGCCAAGCACCUGGGAGUAGGAGGUGGAAGAAAGUGAGGAAGAGCAUUGAUGAGUGCCCUCUACACAAGAAGCAGACUGUCAAUGUUUUUGGAGCUGCUGUUCCCUGCAAAUGUGGUUACCAUGAGACUCCACAGAAAAGUCAAGAGGCGCCACCACCACCCAUGGUCACCAGCGGGGCACCACACACAUUCCAUCAGGCACCCAAGUCUCUUACCCAGGCCCCACCUGCACACACUGCGGUCAGCCAGCCACCCUCGCCACCAUCGCUACCAUCCACUAGCAAACCCAUUCCACAUGAAGAUCACAUCAAAUGCUCCUUGUGUGCACAAGAGGUGCUGGUCACUGAUUACAGCGACCAUCUUUCUCUCUACCAUGCUCAGACAACCUGUGCUCAGUGUGGCAGAAAAUGCCAGGGAGGAGAAGUUGGAUUGACACAACACAUCGAAGCAACACAUGCAGCCCCACCCACAAGGAUAGCCAGACGAGCUCAGCAGCCAUCACACACCGUCAGUCGGGCACCAGGUGCGGAGUCGCUCCCCCGUUCCGCCCCACGCACCGUCAGUCGUGCACCAGGUGCGAAGUCGCUCCCCCGAUCCGCCCCACUCAGCGUCAGUCGUGCACCAGGUGCGAAGUCGCUCCCCCGAUCCGCCCCACACACCGUCAGUCGGGCACCGGAUGACGAGUCGCUCCCCCGAUCCGUCCCACUCAGCGUCAGUCGUGCACCAGGUGCGAAGUCGCUCCCCCGAUCCGCCCCACACACCGUCAGUCGGGCACCGGAUGACGAGUCGCUCCCCCGAUCCGCCCCACUCAGCGUCAGUCGUGCACCAGGUGUGAAGUCGCUCCCCCGAUCCGCCCCACGCACCGUAAGUCAGGCACCGGAUGACGAGUCGCUCCCUCGAUCUGCCCCACCCACCGUCGGUCCUGCAGAGCCACUACCUCGGGCACGACCUGACUUGAAAAGUUUCCUACCAGCGCAGUUCAGGAGGGAGAUUUUGGAGGCCGACCAGGACUGGAUUGCGCACAUAAUAUAUGAUGAUCAAGGACAGUUGAGGGAGACCUUUCCUCAGAAUUGGUUUUUCCCCCCUGCUCCCCCAAAACCAACAGUGUCCCCUCCUAACCCAGGGAGCUACUUUAGGAGAAGAUUAUUUGUUUGGGCUCCUAUGAGAAUGUGGGGCAUCCCACUGAAGUGCCCUACAUGUGCAGUGAAAAUGAACCACUCGGGGAUCUACCCUAAGAUUAGGGAAGUGGUGGACAUCGACACACGUUACUACCUGGUGGGAGGAGAGUACCCACGGUGUAGUCGAUGCAAGCUGCCUCUGUGUCCCUGGAACGAGGACAUCAUCAAGCAGCUUGAUCCAAGCCACAGGCAAGUGUUCCCAGCCAUCUUGACAGCGCACCUGGCCCUGGACAGGAAAUGCGUUACACUAUUGAAGCCACGGACAGAAGGUAACAGCUCCAGCUACUGCCAGCAGGCCCUGGAGGAAAUACACAGCGAGGAGUGGGGGCGGAGAGUUGUCAGCUAUCUAGCUGCUUGUGAUCUCCACAAGAAAGGGGCAACUCUCACCCAGGCUACUGGACAUCAGUACGAGCCACCACUACCAUACACUCCCGUCCCUUUGGCACAGUGGUUCCAGACUGUGCACACAAAUCACAUCCUUGGCCAUCUUCAGGAGCACAGAGGGGUUAUAACAUCUACCUAUGGCCGAAUCCUCAAGAUAGAUUCCACCAAAAAGAUCACAAAGAAACUUGCUGGGGAUGUAGCCCACACUGCCAGCUGGAUGACAAAUGUCGGAAAUGACAUGGGGCAGGUACUCAACUCAGUGUUGACAACUGGCGAGGGUUCUGGCCUUGAUGAAAUGUGCCAGGGUAUUGUGCAUAGAUACCAGGAUGCUAACGUGCCUCAGCCGCAAAUUAUCUAUGUGGACAGAGACUGUUGCAGUAUAUCAGGCAAGCUUCAUGUCCUUACACUGUUUCGUCCGUGGACCUGUGCAGUGAGGUUGGACAUCUUCCACUUCAUGAGAAGAUUCGUUGCAGGCCUCACCACGGAGCACCAUCCUCUCUUUGGCACCUUUCUCUCCAAGCUGUCCAGCUGCAUCUUUGAGUGGGACGCUAGGGAUGUCGGCAAGCUCAGGGAAGCAAAGAGGAGGGAGCUGAAGAAGAGAGGUGGUCGCAAGCCGACAGAGGCACAGGUCUCAGCUGCUAUUACAAGCAGUGAGCUGGCCAAGCACUGUAGGAGGAGGACGCGUGGGGUGGAGGAGAUCCAGGGGCUACUCGACUCCAUGUGGCACCUUACUGACACGCUAGGGGUACCCUUCAUCAACAAGGAGUGUAUGGCCAAAGUGUGGGAGGUGCAGCAGAAGCAUCUGGCUUGCAUCCAGGAUCCUCCAGGGGUGGAACUUUACACCAAAGUUGGCCAUGUGGUGAAGGGUGGCAAGGAGCUGGAUGUGCUCAAGUGUGGUAGAGGCUCAUCAUCUUUGGAGAGCUUCCAUCGCCACCAGUGUAGUUUCAUUCCUGGUUGGAGGUGCAACGCUGUGCAUACGCAGAUGUACAUGUUGGAGGGUGGGUCACGAUGGGACAUCGACAGAGCCCGAGAAGCUGUGGACUUGGGUGUUGGACGAAGGACUAGGCUGUAUGAUGUGCACUUGAUGAGCAACAUCAACAGCAUGAGCCAGAGGAUCCUCGGCUAUGAGAUUCUUCCCCAGUUCAAGGCACCAGAAAACCUACUAGUAAGAUCAACUCCAUAA